AUGUCGUACUCCCAGAUGUACCCCCAGUAUCAGGGCUUCUCGUACGACAGUCAACAGCAACAACCAUGGGACGAAGUCGACUUCACUACUCUGCCAACCUCUGGCAACAACUACAAGUCGAUAAAAGAACCUGGAUACUACGACGUCAAUGGUGUGCCCACAGAUAGCCAAAAUGCACCAUCACCGAACUAUUCGCAGUUUUUGAAUUUUGAUACUUCUGAUGUGGGCUCUUACUCGGUACCCAGCGAGGAUGUCCCAUCCGAGCCUUUCUUCAGAACUUCGCCCAAUCCGUUGAACAGUCCUCAACAGUCGACCAACUAUCCGGUGAAGAUUGAGCCAGAAUUGGUGCGGAAUGAUUCUCUCCCGUGCGGGUUGCCUGGAGACUGUACCCCCCCGAGAUGUGGACCCGAACCGACCUGUUUGCAAUUAACCAGUCUUCCCGAGAUUGAAGAAUGCAAUCCGGCGCCAUUUCUGCCCACCGGCACAACUUCGUACGCCGAUCAAAAUACAAGCUAUUCCAGGAGAUUUUCCAGGACAAGCUUGAGCGAUUCUGGCCCAGCGACCAAGCCCAAGGUCGAACGAGAGAAGAAACCGCGAAAUAAACGCGGACACAAAGGCUCCUCGAGUGAAGACGAAUCAGCACAUAUCCGAGCCAAACAAGCUCACUCGGUUGUCGAAAGGAGAUAUCGCGACAAUCUCAAUGGAAAGAUUAUGCAGCUGCAUCGCGCUCUGGUCGCAACCGAAUCGACGUCGCGGCUCACUGGCGUGUCAACGCACGAUUUCUUUGCCUCACGAGAACACCGAGGCAAGGUUCGAAAAUCUGAUGUCAUGACGGAUGCGAUGAAUUAUGUGCAUCAAUCCGAAGUGGAGAUUCGACACAUGUCCGACGAAAUCAAUCGCUUGAAUGAGCGCGUCCGAGCUCUAGAGAAGCUUGUGAAAUGUGAAGAUUGCUCUCUCCUCAAACAAAUGGUACGACUACAGCUUCAACAGCAUCAGCCUCAACAGCACCAACCUCAGUGUCCGUGA